CAGAGCGGCCGGGAAGCGGGGUGCCGGUGGGCGCCUGAGCGCGCUGUUGGCCUGCGCGGCGCCCGCUGCGGCACGGGCGGGGGAGGCGCAGCGUCGGCCGCACCCUGCUGGCCUGGCGGGCUCUGGGCCGCGGUGCCCGGGCCUCCGUCGUGUCUGCGCAGGCGCCGCCGCGGGAGCAGGUCGGCCUUGCCAGCCCCUCGUCCGCGGCUGGCGAGAGGAUGAGCACGCGGCCCAGACCCGAAGACGCACCGCUUGCCCUCGUUUCCCUUGGCGCCGCCCGGGCCCCCAGACUGUUCCAGGGGCGCAGUUCCUCGCACCUCCCAGGCCCCAGGCUGAAACCCGCCAGUCGGUAGUGGAAGAGUCAAUGUAGUAUUCCGCUCGCGGGUGGGGUCUUCGUCCUCGAAAGGAAGCUUUCUCUGCUCCUACACUGUGUCAUACUUACCCCAGCAGGUGGUACUUGCAAAUCGAAAUUCGACGUUUUUAGGCCAUUUUGGUUGCAAAACUAAAUCACAACAGCCUCAGUGGCUGUAGGUCGGGUUAUACGGGGUUGCCUCAUAGGGUUUUAUUUAGUUCCUGUCCUUGUGGAAUUAAAUGCAAUCAUCUGUCAUCACUUUUAGCAAUAGCUACUCUUUUUUGAGUGCUGUGCGUGAGAUGCUUUUCAAGUAUUAUCUCUAAUUACUGCAACACUAGAAGAUAAUAUCCUGUACCAUUUACAGUUAGAACGGAGGCUCAGAAUACUAACUUUUUCAAAGCAAGUGGUACAAGGAGUCUGAAGAAGAGUUCAAAUGGAAGGUCCUAAGUAUAGGUCAUUUCCACCGGCCCAUACUGCCCUGGACAAGACCCUGGAGUAUCAAGGAGUAAAGAUGCUAAUAGAGGAUCCGAUUACCACUUGUCUUUCUCCCUCAGUCUAUGAUAUGAUCUGUAAACUCGGGUUUGAAGUCAGAGAAAGUUGUGAUAUCAAUCGCAUUGUAACUCAGAGGGGUGAAGUAUGCUGGCAGACCAUCACAGCCUGUGUGACUUACACACAAUCAGCCCAGAGUCUGGAUUACCGGGGCACCGUGCUGCUGCUGGGCCCCGUGUGUGAGGCCGUCCACCGACAUUUGUUAUCUCUGACCAAGGGGCAGUUUGACAUGCGAUACACGCCGUGGCUGCAGUGGACAGCUUUUCCAGAGUUAUUUCCUGAAAUAUUUGAUGCUUUGGGAAGCCCUCAAUGUCCCGCUGUUCCUCUUAGCUUAAUGAAACUGACGGCAUGUCUAGAACGGGCUUUGGGUGAUGUGUAUUUACUGAAUGGGAAGGAAUGCCCCUUUCUUUUGAGAGAUCUGCUUGCGUCUGAGGAGCUUGCCGAGGUCUUUGGUCGGUCUGUGAUGGACGUGCUGAAAGUCUUCGUCGGAUCUCCACGUGGACUCAACCUGCGUAAUACCCUAUGGCACGGCUUUGCCUCCCCUCAUGAGAUCCCCCCAAAGUACUGUUCAAUGAUGGUACUGUUGACCGUGGGAUUGGGCCAGCUGCUGAGGAGUUACUUGCAACAAGCUAAACUUGUGUUGGCACACCGACCUUUCAUCGUUCUCACAAACCUUGAGGAUCUGGCCGUUUUCCCUGACGUUACUUCUGAGGUACUUUCAGUGUUAGAAGAGGUGAUGAAGAAAUCCACUUUCAUAUUAAAGGUCAUGUUGCCGUACUGGGAAGCUGCAUUAAUCGGGUUCAGGUCACACAGGUUUGCCGACUGUGCCAUGUUGUUACUGACACAGUUAGAGACGGGACUCAGGAGAGUUUUUGCUGCUGUUAACCAAUGUCCAAAAAGUCUUCUGACCGCUGAGUCCACGGCUCUUUAUACCACCUUCGACGAAAUAUUGGCAAAACACUUGGAUGAUGGUAAAAUCAAUCAGCUUCCUCUUUUCCUUGGAGAGCCUGCAAUGGAGUUUCUUUGGGAUUUCCUAAACCAUCAGGAGGGCCCCCGUAUAAGAGACCAUUUAAGCCAUGGGGAAAUCAACUUACCUGAAUUUCCGAAAGAGGCAGCAAACCAAUUGCUUGCAUUUUCCGUUGUACUUCUACUCAGAUUCACUGAUGAAGAUCUGUCGGCAGCCCUUAAGGAAAAAGCAGCGAUAAAGUCACUGGUUGGUCUUGCGGAGGGUUACCACGCCCACUUCCACCCAGUUGCUCAGCUUAAAAAACAGGUGCUGAGCUGUGAGAAGAGCAUCAGGGUUUGGCCCCUCCUGCCUUUGCCUGAAGAGGCCGAGGAGGCAGCCAGAUUAGAAGGUACUUCUGAAACACAGGCCUGCGAGGCUUUAAUCACAGAAAUCCUGAGAGCCCUGCCCCGCCACUUGCCCGAGAGCCGUGGUGUUGUCAGCGACCGGGACAGUCUUCCCGCCGAGAGGUGGCCCCAGGUGAUCCAAGAACUCUGCGGCACCCCUGUCCCAACUCUCUUCUGUCCCAGAACCGUUCUGGAGGUGCUCACCGUGCUCCGAAACAUCAGCGCACACUGCGCCCGCGUGUCUAGCCAGGUCGCUGCCUCUGUGGAGCUGAGACACCAGCAGUGGGUGGAAAGGAGACUGCGCUCCCGGCAGAGGCAGACCUACCUGCACAUGCUCACUAGUAUUAAGCUUCUGUCUCCUGUGCUUUACCUGAUUUUAUUGCUGAUUGCCCUGGAAUUGGUCAACAUUCAUGUGGUUCAUGGAAAAAAUACUUACGAAUAUCAACAGUAUCUAAAGUUCUUAAAGUCGAUCUUGCAGUACACGGAGAACCUGGUGACUUACACCAGCCAGCAGAAGAACAAGUGGAAUGAAACUAUCAGUCUUACACGUACAGCUCUGUUGAAAAUUUGGACUUUCAGUGAGAAGAAACAAUUGUUAAUACAUUUAGCCAAGAAAUCCGCAAGUAAAGAAGGCUUAUGAAAACACUUAGAAGUCAAGAUGCUUUUGGCUACAUCUGAAAGCUCAGCCUGAAUAGGCUUUACCAGCAUGGAAAUUGAAAAGCCAAAGGUAGGGUGGAUUGCAGGCUCUGAUUGGUCAGGGAUCAAGUUCCGUUUCUCUGCAGUUUUCUGAAUUGCUGUUCCCGCGUUUGUGUGAACCUUAGGCUGGGUCCCUUCCUGGGACCAAAUGGCCGCAGCAUUUUGGCCACCAUGACACAGUGUCCAGGGGGAGCUUUAUACCCACAUGUCACCCAGGAAACUCUUGAAAACGGUCACUGUGGCCAGGUCCCCCUGCCCCCUGUCUUCACUGGCCAAACUGGGUAGGCUCCCCUCCUGAGCCACCACUGGGGCACAGAGAAAGAACGUGGGCCAGUCCGGCCUCAUCCCUGGAGCUGAGAGCAAGGUUGGAUGGUCCAGAUCCUAUGGGACAGAGUUGGGGAGGAAGGUAUGGUGGGCAGACGGUGCCAGGCAGCAGGUGUGCCCAUCUGUGUGUGGCCGGGAGAGCAGGAGCCCUGGCACGUGUCUGGGUAGGAGGGUCUCGUGUAGGAGCGAGGAGAGCUGGAGGACUGAGGGUCAAGGGUGCAGUCGCCCCAGUCCUGCUCGGAGAGCUGAAGUCUGAUUCUCGAGGGCUCUCUAGGCCACUGCAGUUGUCUGGAGCAUCCAUCAGCCGGCAGCUCUCACACCCACUGUGAGGCCGUCCCCAGCCUCAGGUCUGCAUGUGCGCUAGGCCUCGCACAGUGACUCGUGGCCUCUCCACCGUCCCUGCCUCCCGGCAGGUCCUAGCCCAUGUUCUAGUCCAAGGAACGGUGCCCACCCUGUGUGUUUCGGGCUUCUCUGCUGUCCGAGAGCAGUGCCGAGGCGGUCUCAAAGGGAAGGGUGGUGCUGUGGGAAGACAGACAUUCCAUCACAUUCCGUCCAUCCCUUUGUCAACUCAGCACCCAGCACCCCUUUUAAACCAAACUCCAGGUAAGGACAGCGAGCACCGGGCUUCUGCCCCUGCGACGCGGCCUUCUCUGGUGCAGGUGUAGACCCCAGAGCCCCCGCGUCUGGGCUUCUGCCCAUGACAUGUUCUUUUCCAGCAGUCACACCCUCCCUUGGACAUACUCUAAAUUAAACGAUAAUUUAUGGUAUUAGCCCCUCUAAAUCCUCCUGAUGUUAGAGCUGCAAUGAAAAAGGGAAAAUAAAAGAAUUGAUAUAUUUACCAAGCACAUGAAGAGAAAGGUGGAACUCCUGUGCACCUGCUUUUGCACCUGGUGAGCUGGCAGAUGUUGGUAUUAAAAAUUCCCUUUUCUACAACUCAUCCCGUGUUCCUCUGCCCUCAGCCACUCACUUCUGUUGGUGGUGGUGCCUCAGCUGGUGGGUUGACCCAGACUUCAUUCCUGAGAGUCGCCCUCCAAGACGUCUUCCUGGUUUGAGCAACUCGUUUUCCAUUGGUUCUGAUUUCUGGAAAUGGGAAUUCUAGGAGGUUCCCCAGAGGAUCUCUUAAAUUCCAGACACACACAUGCCUGCCCCUGUCUGGCAGUAGGCUUGUCCCCGAGGGAGUGGGGAGCAGUGACCUAAGCCAUGACAGUCAACGGCUUUGCCUUUUGGUUCAUUGGCAUGAGGCGUCCAGUACAGCCGGGUGGCCUCUCAGCCUGCAGGCCAAUGGGACACUUGUGUCCCUGUGUGGAGCAGAUCUCCCUUAGGAACAGAUAUUCACACCAGCGGAGCCCCAAAUCCUGAGAUCUCGUGAGCCCUCCCUGCGUCACAUGCUUCCUCCAGCUGUGUGUCCUGGCGUGGGAAAGACCACGCUGCCGGAUACUGAGGGCAGUUCAGGGCACGAGGCACCGCCACAAGCUGGCAUCCCGACCGGAGGCCCCCCGCCGUGUUGUCCGGCUGGCUGCGUGGGAGUGCGGAGUCCGUGCCGUGGUGGGGACAUUGCCAGACAUCCGGGGGAGACGGACCUCUUAGAAGCAGUGCUGUCAGAACCACGGCAGCGAGUAAGGCUUUCUGGGAGCCACUAACAGGCACGGAAAGGUCACGGACGUCCACAGACAGGUCGUCAUGUCCCUGAACUCCAGGGGUGAGCUCCCACACGGGAGGUGGCAUCUGCAUGUUGCUCCUCUCAGGAGCUCCAGCCGCUUCCCCUUCCUCGGCCCUUAUCCACAGCCAAGAUCCCACCUGCCACUGAUUUUCAGUCCUGACUGUCACUGCCCGGUUUCCGGAGGCCCGUCGUCCGGGCCGUUGCACUCUCCAGGUAACGUGGACAAUGACACGCGGUGCUUGACCUGCGGCCCCCUCCCACACUGCUCUCAGGGUCGCCCUUGGGGCCCUCGUGCCACCAAUCUUCACCUUUAGGUGAUACCAGCCUUAUUCUUCAGAAAUCAAGUAGAACUUUUUUACAGGUGGGGCACCUGGGGGGCUCAGGCAGUGAGCAUCCGACUCUUGGUUUCGGCUCAGGUCAUGAUCUCA